AUGAAUGCCUGUGAUCUAUAUGAAUAUUUAUAUCGUGAUAAAUGGUUAAUUGCUCCUGGACACACGAAUGUCAACAGUAACACUAAUCGUCGUGUUAUCACCGACAGUAGUCAUCCUUCACAUAAACCGUAUGGAUUAAAAUAUCCUACUGAGAAUGUAAAUUUUGCUGCAUACUUAUGGAAUAUUGAUGAAGUGUACGGCCCAAAUCCAGAAUUAUUUAUGUUACGCAUAUUUAUGUCACUUGUCACUGGAUUUACAUGCAGUUUAUGGAUGUGGACUGUGAAAGUACACAAAAUCCUCAAUGGAUAUAGUUUACAACGUCCUAGUGUAGAAGGACAGUUGGAUUUAAGAUGUGGCAUUGUCGGUUGUAGUAAUACUACAACAACUGGUUGUCCCACUGACAUCAAUUUAAACUGUCAUCAAAAAUCAAGCUACCCGACAACAUCACUUCUAACCAAAGGUCAUUUAAGCCAGUUGGAUACAAGUUUUAUUCCACGUGAUUUAGAGCAUUCAACAGCAACUACACCCGGUUAUUAUAGUCAUGCUAAGAUUAGUCCAAAUAGGAUAAUUGAUUCAAUGAGUGAAGAUGCUUCAGCGUCUUCAAUCCCUCCACCUCUUCCACCAGCAACUAGUCGACCACCACGUCUACCGGCACGUGGUGAUCCAUGUAUUGGAGCGUCAGCCAGUCAGGUGUUUACAUUCACCAAUAAGUUGAAUACAGAAAAGUUGGACAAUAGUAAAACCUGUCAAAAUCAUAAUGAUACUAACAGCAGUGAGACCGAAAACUAUAGUUUAAUCAAAUUUCAAGUAACCUGA